GAUGACUCACUGGUUGUGUGGAAGGAAGUUGAUUUGACCCGACUGUCUGAGAAGGAACGUCGUGAUGCCUUGAAUGAGAUUGUUAUUCUGGCGCUGCUGCAGCAUGACAACAUUAUUGCCUACUACAAUCACUUCAUGGACAAUACUACCCUGCUGAUAGAGCUGGAGUAUUGUAAUGGAGGGAACCUUUAUGACAAAAUCCUUCGUCAGAAGGACAAGUUGUUUGAAGAAGAGAUGGUGGUGUGGUACCUAUUUCAGAUUGUUUCAGCCGUGAGCUGUAUCCACAAAGCCGGGAUCCUUCAUAGAGAUAUAAAGACAUUAAAUAUUUUUCUGACCAAGGCAAACCUGAUAAAACUUGGAGAUUAUGGCCUAGCAAAGAAACUUAAUUCUGAGUAUUCCAUGGCUGAGUCGCUUGUAGGAACCCCGUAUUACAUGUCUCCAGAGCUCUGCCAAGGAGUAAAAUACAAUUUCAAGUCUGAUAUCUGGGCAGUAGGCUGUGUCAUUUUUGAACUGCUUACGCUAAAAAGAACAUUUGAUGCUACAAAUCCACUCAACCUGUGUGUGAAGAUCGUGCAAGGAAUUCGUGCCAUGGAGGUUGAUUCUAGCCAGUACUCUCUGGAAUUGAUCCAAAUGGUCCAUGAGUGCCUUGACCAGGAUCCUGAGCAGAGACCCACUGCAGAUGAACUUCUGGAUCGCCCCCUUCUCAGGAAACGCAGGCGAGAGAUGGAGGAAAAAGUCACUCUGCUUAAUGCAACUACAAAGAGACCAAGGUCAAGCACUGUGACCGAAGCACCCAUUGCUGUGGUAACAUCACGAACCAGUGAAGUCUAUGUUUGGGGUGGUGGAAAAUCUACUCCCCAGAAACUGGAUGUCAUCAAAAGUGGCUGUAGCGCCCGGCAGGUGUGCGCAGGGAACACCCAUUUUGCUGUGGUCACAGUGGAGAAGGAACUGUACACCUGGGUGAACAUGCAAGGGGGUACUAAACUCCAUGGUCAGCUGGGCCAUGGAGACAAAGCCUCCUACCGACAGCCAAAGCAUGUGGAAAAGCUGCAAGGCAAAGCUAUCCGCCAGGUGUCCUGCGGCGAUGAUUUCACGGUCUGUGUGACAGAUGAGGGUCAGCUCUAUGCCUUUGGAUCGGAUUAUUAUGGCUGCAUGGGAGUGGACAAGGUCGCUGGCCCUGAGGUGCUAGAACCCAUGCAGCUGAACUUCUUCCUCAACAACCCAGUGGAGCAGGUCUCCUGUGGAGAUAAUCAUGUGGUCGUUCUGACACGAAACAAGGAAGUCUAUUCCUGGGGCUGUGGCGAAUAUGGACGACUAGGUCUGGAUUCAGAAGAGGAUUAUUACACACCACAAAAGGUGGAUGUUCCCAAGGCCUUGAUUAUUGUCGCAGUUCAAUGUGGCUGUGAUGGGACAUUUCUGCUGACCCAGUCAGGCAAAGUCCUGGCCUGUGGACUUAAUGAGUUCAACAAAUUGGGUCUGAAUCAGUGCAUGUCUGGAAUCAUCAACCAUGAAGCAUACCACGAAGUGCCCUACACAACCUCCUUUACCUUGGCCAAACAGUUGUCCUUUUACAAGAUCCGUACCAUUGCCCCGGGCAAGACGCACACCGCUGCUAUCGAUGAGCGAGGCCGGCUGCUGACCUUUGGCUGCAACAAGUGUGGGCAGCUGGGAGUUGGGAAUUAUAAGAAGCGUCUGGGAAUCAACCUGUUGGGGGGACCCCUUGGUGGGAAGCAAGUGAUCAGGGUGUCCUGCGGUGAUGAGUUUACCAUUGCUGCCACGGACGAUAAUCACAUUUUUGCCUGGGGCAAUGGUGGUAAUGGCCGCCUGGCAAUGACUCCCACAGAGAGACCACAUGGCUCAGAUAUCUGUACCUCAUGGCCUCGCCCUAUUUUUGGAUCUCUGCAUCACGUCCCGGACCUAUCUUGUCGUGGCUGGCACACCAUUCUCAUAGUUGAGAAAGUAUUGAAUUCUAAGACCAUCCGUUCCAAUAGCAGUGGCUUAUCCAUUGGAACUGUGGUUCAGAGCCCUGGUCCGGGAGGCGUUGGCAGCGGUGGUGGUGGUGGAGAAGAGGAGGACAGUCAGCCGGAAUCAGAAACUCAGGAAUCUGAAACUCCUGAUCCAAGUGGAGGCUUCCGAGGAACAAUGGAAGCAGACCGAGGAAUGGAAGGUUUAAUCAGUCCCACAGAGGCCAUAGGGACCAGUAUUGGGGCCAGCAGCUCCUGUCCUGGCUGGCUUCGAAAGGAGCUGGAAAAUGCAGAAUUUAUCCCCAUGCCUGACAGCCCAUCACCCCUAAGUACCAGAUUUUCGGAAUCUGAGAAAGAUACCCUGCCCUAUGAAGAGCUACAAGAACUCAAAAUGGCCUCUGAAGCUCCUUCUGAACACAAGCCCUCCAUGAGAGCCUGGCCACCUCGGCUGAUUCCCGCCAAGACCUGUGCUGAGAAGGGAGCACCGCUGGCCCCUGCCUGUGCGUGCAGCACUCUGCAGGUGGAGGUGGAGCGACUGCAGGGCCUGGUGCUGAAAUGUCUGGCUGAACAACAAAAGCUCCAGCAAGAAAACCUGCAGAUUUUUACCCAACUGCAGAAGCUGAACAAGAAAUUAGAAGGAGGCCAGCAGGUGGGGAUGCAUUCCAAAGGAACUCAGACAGCAAAGGAAGAGAUGGAAAUGGAUCCAAAGCCUGACCUAGAUUCAGAUUCCUGGUGCCUCCUGGGAACAGACUCCUGUCGACCCAGCCUCUAGCCUCUGAGCCAAUUGAGCCCCCAGGAAACUGGGAUCCCGAGAACUUCACAGCACACUUACUGAAUGCAGAGAGCAGCUUUCCUGGCUUUGUUCACUUGCAGACAAGGAGCACAAGGCAGAGGCUCUGAAGCACUUUCCUUGUACGUGUGGAGAGUGGCCUUGCCUUUUAGAUAGGACCUAGGAGUGAUAUUAUUGUUUUGGAGAAUGGAAGGGCCCAGGGCCUGGCUUUGUCAUCAGUUACUGCCAUAGCAAUGGCAACUCUGUACCUCAUCUGUUGAUCCCACCUUGCAGGAGGAGACCCCCGAGUGCUCACUACAUUGCGCCGGUAGCAGCUUAUAUUCCACUUAUGAUUUUCACCAUUAGUUGGAAGCUGCCUUGGAAAUUCAACACCACACCUUGCACCUCUGGGUGGGAAAAGGAAAGGUGUAAAGUUGGCAUGGGCUGGAACCAGGCGUGGCCCACUCAGGGUCCUCGGGAGAGUGGUGAACUAUUUUGAGCCCUCUCAGGAGCCGUACGUCUAGAAAAAUAUGUCUGGUGGAGUCAGUCUAGGGCUUGUUUUCAGAAAGUUCGGUUACUUUGUGCAGCUAAAUGCCUCAGGAGGAAAAGUGGGCUUAGAUUACUUUUCCUCUAAGAGUCAGUGAGUAGCAGAGAAAGGGCAGGUUCCUCCUCAUCGCGUAGCUGGAGUUCUAGGUUGCAGCCAAUGCAGGGUGAGAUUUCCUGGUUUGAGACGACACCUCUGAGGGAUGAAGUAGUCUUAAAGACUGAGACAGGCCAUGGGAAUGGCCUUAAGAGAAAGUCAUGAGGGGGAGCAGAUCCUCAUUUCACCUCCUCUACUGGGUGCCUCAGAGAGGCCUUAGAACGACCCCAAGUCUUGGCACCCAUAAGAAGGCAGCCUGUGCCUCUGCCUUCACGGCGUUUGGGGUUCCAUUUGUAGAUCAGCCCCAGCCACUCCCUUACUAUAUGUGUAGUCAGUAUUUCCCCCUUUUGGUGUUUUAUGAAGCUAUAUAAUAACCAGUGAACCUGUAUCAUCUUUCCCACUUGAGUGGCCCUAAGCCGGCCCCAAGUCCUGGAGUACCUGAAGCCCAUCCCAGCAGGUCGGACCUGCCGAGUGGAAGGAGUUCAGUGCAGAGCUCGUUCCCGGUCCUGUACUCAUUGCAUCCUUAUAGACAGGAGCAAGCUACUUGGGGACACAGGGACUGUUGUGACGGGUCUCCCUUCCUUCCUAAGUCAACAUCGUUUCAUUU